AUGAGUGUUCAAAUCCCUGCGAAUUAUUAUAACUCAACCUUUGCUCUCUUUUCUCUCUCUCUCUCUCUCUCUCUCUCUCUCUCUCUCUCUCUAAGUUUACCACCGCUGGCUAGCAGCAAUGCGAAAGGGGGAGCCGAGUGCGUAAGUCUUCCCCUGCCAGUAUAUAGCCUCUCUAUCAGCAAGCGCUAUGUAGUGCCUCCUCGUGGUGACGCAUGCAUUACCCACCGUCGAUCUGUGCUCAAAUCCAUUUUCUUCUCUCUCCCAAUUUCUCUCACCGUCUACUUCUCUCUCUCUCUCUCUCUCCAUUUCUUUCGCCAUCAUUUUCACUCUCUCCAUUUCACUUUUCACCUCCUUCUCUCUCCCUAUUUCCCUGACCCACACCGAUUUUUUUUCUUUUCUCACUUCUUCUCUCUCCCAAUUUUUCUCUCGAUUUUAUUAUGUCUUCCCGUUUGUAUCCAUUUCUUCUCCUCUCUCCCCGUUUAUCGCUCCAGCUUCUCUCUCAUUUUCUCUCUCCAUCUUCUUCUUUCUCCAUCUUCUUCUCUCUCCAUAUUUCCCUAUCUUGAUCUCUCUUCCUAUUUCUCUUUCCAUCUUCUAUACUGUCCCAAUUUCUCUCUCCCUCUUCUCUUCUAUCUCCCCUCAAUUUCUCUCUCCCUCUUCUCUUCUUCUAUCUCCCCUCUAUUUCUCUCUCCCUCAUCUCUUCUUCUAUCUCCCCUCUAUUUCUCUCUCCCUCUUCUCUUCUUCUAUCUCCCCUCUAUUUCUCUCUCUCUCUCUCUUCUCUUCUUCUAUGUCCCCUCUAUUUCUCUCUCUCUCUCUUCUCUUCUUCUAACUCUCCUCUAUUUCUCUCUCUCUUCUUUUCUUUUAUCUCCCCUCUAUUUCUCUCUCUCUCUUCUCUUCUUCUAA